AUGUCCUCGUCCUCGCAACCUAGCGCUCUCCCCGCGCUUUCGUUGAAUAUCACGCCUCUCCGCUCCUAUCUUCUACGCCUCCCUCUCUUCACGCGCGCCGUUCUCCUGUUCAUCGUCGCAUUCUGGCUUCUCGAGCUACAGACUGUUUGGGACGUGAUCAAUUGGGGUGCUUUGAUUCCUGAUGAGACGAAUAUUACUACUUCCCUAACUCCGUUACUGGAGCGAUUUGAAGCUGAGCAUGGCACCUUGACGGCUCUUUUACUCUUUGUUGGGCCUCUGUCCACGUUCCCCGGCGCGUUAUAUAUACUCGUCGAGAAAUACAUCUUAUCCAGAAACACUGCCGUUGUCGGUGCAAGUGUUUGGGCAUUUUUACUCCUCGCUUCGGAAUCCAUCAGAACGUUCCGUGCCAAUCCCUAUUUUCAGAUAGGCACUUUGCGAAUCCCGACGUGGACUUCACCUCUCUUUGUUUCCUUCGUGGUCGCCGUCUUGCUCUCAAAUACGAGCUUUCUAGGGCAUAUCUGCGGCAUUCUCUUUGGAUAUUUACUCGGAUUAGGCUACCUCAAGAUCUUCGUCCCCCCGGAGAAAAUCCUUCGAUGGAUUGAAGGAAAGCUUAACCUUCUAGGACGACUACCUCAUUACGUGUCGGUGGACCAGAAGACGCACGGUCGCUCUCCUCUCCGCGGAUAUUUGGACUGCCACCAGUUGCAACAACAACAACAACAACAACAACAACUAUCCGAAUCAGCAAAUCCAUGGCCAUUGGGGACAACCUACCCCAAGGUUUACAUGCCAAUGGGUUUACUAUCGUCAGGGCUCCUCCGCAAACAGCGCAAUGAUCCCUCUACCCUCCUCAGACACCUCCCGCCUUAUAUCUCCCUUCUUUGCAUCCUUGUGGGCGUAGCUUCGCUGCUCAUCCUGCCGCUUGAGGACUACUCGCGGGAAACGUACAUCUCUGAAAAUGCGCUUUUGCCGGGCCAGGUGCAUACCUACUUCGCCGGGUCGGAGCAGAAUAUUUUUAGGGGUUAUAAGCGUGAGCUUGAGGGUGUGAUAGCUCAGGGUAACAAUAAUAACAAUAAUAAUAUUGUUGGCGAUGGAAAGAAUAUUUCUGAGAGUUGGCGGCCUGAUAACAGCGUGUCCGAUAAAGUUCAAGAGAUAUUCCGUGCAGCGGGAUUGAAGGUCGCUACUCAGAACUACGAGUAUCGAUCGGCUGGCGACGUGCACAAGGGACAGAAUGUGUAUUCGAUCAUACAUGCGCCACGGGGAGAUGCUACGGAGGCUAUCGUCUUGGUGGCUGCAUGGAAGACUAUCGACGACGAGCUCAAUUUGAAUGGAGUUACACUGGCUCUGACGUUGGCUAGAUAUUUCAAGAGAUGGUCUCUCUGGUCGAAAGAUAUUAUCUUCGUGAUUACUCCAGAUAGCAAGGCUGGAACUCAAGCUUGGAUUGAUGCCUACCAUGAUAUGCAUUCGGCUUCCGCACAACCUUUGCCGUUGAAAAGCGGUGCGCUGCAAGGCGCUUUGGUCAUCGAGUAUCCAUUCGACCAUCGCUUCGAGUCUCUCCAUAUCGUGUACGACGGCGUUAACGGACAGCUCCCUAACCUUGAUCUGUUCAACACCGCCGUCAGCAUUGCCGGUGGACAGAUGGGCAUCGGCACAAGUCUCCAAGAGAUGUGGAAUCAUGACGAUAGCUAUGAAAAGCGUCUUGAAACCAUGCUUCGCGGCAUGGCUAAACAGGGCCUGGGGUUCGCUGCUGGCGCUCACAGCAGCUUUAUUCCGUACCAUAUCGACGCGAUCACGCUGCAAACAAAGGGUACCGGCUGGCAAGACGAGAUGGCUCUUGGUCGAACUGUCGAGGGAUUGUUCCGAAGCUUGAAUAACCUCCUCGAACAUUUGCACCAGAGCUUCUUCUUCUACUUGCUCAUGCAUAAUAAGCGCUUCGUGAGCAUUGGCACAUAUCUACCGAGUGCGAUGCUUGUUGCGGCCAAUUUUACUAUUAUGGCUGUCGCAUUGUGGCUGAGGACUGGGUAUGAUGAUCCUUCUACCGUUUCGACUAGAACAGAGCAACAUGAAAAGACAGCCAAAUCGCCACUUUCAAAGAAUACCAACGUAUCUAUAACACCAGACCCAAAGACGAGGGUGAACGGCAUCUCGGAACGCAAACUGAAUUAUACCUUUAUUCAUUCUGAACAAUGUCUCUUCUCAGUUUUUCCCCCAACUAACCUACGGAAUACUCCUCCUCACGAUCCUACUACCAUUCCUGAUCAGCUUAACAGUCUGCAAACUGUUCGCACCUCAGACACAGACUUUCCAUUUGAUCAAGUCCUUCUCUCUGCUACUUCUCGGUCUAUUCCUCAGUGCGCUCGCAACACUCAACUUCUCUCUCUCCUUCCUAAUCGGUUUACUCUGCGCGCCUCUGAGUUUUGUAGGAAAUCCUCCUCCUGCUGUGCUCAACAGAACAGAAAAACAAAAACAUGGAAUGGACAACAACAACACCAAAGAAAGGAAGAAACCACAAUCCCGCGCACUAUCCUCUCUCGUUUCAUUAACCCUUCUUAA